GACGGAAUAGCAGAGGAGAAAAAGCCUCGUGUGGGCGAUUUGAAAAGCAUCAUAUAAUAUUACAUAUCUACUCAGAAGCAUUCAGUUCCUGCAACACGACGCGCGACAGAGAGACAACGUUGUGUGUAAUUAUAUAUACCUCGAAGUAUAAUCACGUUUCCUGAAAUCACUCCUUAGUCCUGAGAUGUGUAUUUUAUAAACGGAUGGGUCCAGAUUGCCUCUUCGUGACUGUUCCAUGGUUAUUGUAUCUGCGUGUGAGUUAUCCAGUCGCUUACGUGUUCGUAUAAACAGAGAAUCGAUCCAGACUAGCGCAGCACCGAUUUACGGUACCUCGUCGUUGCAGCUGGUAAAGCGUUAAGUAUUAACGAUGCAGUGGGUGAAGUCAACAUCCCCAUUGUCCUCGAGGCGAUUGCUGAUUCUCCUCAGUGGCUUGGUGAUGUUUGCGUCAUGUGGCUGCCUUGCGUCGGAAGCCGAGAUGCACCUGCGCGAAAUGCUCUUCCGGGGAUAUAACAAAUUAUCACUUCCGGUGUCAAAUGUCAGUGAAAUCCUGAAUAUCACCUUCGGGCUUGCUAUCUCACAGAUUAUAGAUGUGAAUGAAAAAAGCCAGGUUAUGACAACAAAAGUAUGGCUCAGGCAUUCGUGGGACGAUAACCACUUGGAAUGGGAUCCAAACUUAUAUGAUGGCAUUUCCAGCAUCCGGGUACCUGCUCAAAUUCUGUGGAUUCCUGAUAUAUUAAUCUACAACAACGCCGAUGGUGGGUACGAUGUUAAAAACAUGGCGAUGGCAAACGUGUUCAGUAAUGGCACAGUACAGUGGGUGCCACCGGCUAUAUACAAAAGUUCGUGUCGUAUAAACGUGGAGUAUUUCCCGUUCGACGAGCAGGUGUGUCUGCUGAAGUUCGGAUCAUGGACAUAUGAUGGCACAGUGGUGGAUUUAGUACCGGAGGGGGAGCUUGCCACACAAAGGGAUUAUUGGGUGAGCGGCGAGUGGGAGAUCGUGAAAUCGCCUGGAAAGAGAAGCGCUGUAAAGUAUCCGUGUUGCGAAGAGAUUUUCAUCGACAUCACUUACUCUUUCAACAUCAGGAGGAAACCUUUAUUCUACGUUGCUAAUCUGUUACUUCCCUGUGCGCUCAUCUCAUUCUGUAGUGUUCUGGUGUUUUAUUUACCGUCCGAUUGCGGCGAAAAGAUGUCCCUUUGUACUUCGGUGCUUGUGUCGCUGUCGGUGUUUCUGCUCUUGAUAACAAAACUCAUCCCAGCGAACGCAAACACAAUGCCUUUAAUAACAAAAUACCUAUUGUUCACUAUGGUACUUGUGACGUCAUCUAUUGUUAUGGCCGUGUUUGUUUUGAAUAUUCAUCACCGAUCGCCGACGACGCAUGUUAUGCCCGUGUGGGUUCGUAAAGUGUUUAUAGACACGUUGCCAAAAAUACUUUGUAUGAAGAGACCAGAUAAUUAUAAUUUCCGAUAUCGGAACGUCGGUAUCACCCUAACAAAAGACGCUCUGCGGAAUCGAAAGAUUGAUUCGGACAGAAUUGUUGUGGAGAAUCCGAGUCGGAGCAAUUUCACAGUGCGCAUGCGUUCCCAGGGUGAUGGGCUCAUGGUUCAUAGUGGAGAGGAAAGAGUGGGACACGCAAUUCCGCUUUCCAAGUAUCUACCCUCUUCAGUUUCAGAUGCGGAUACCAGCGACGCCCUCAACGUCGACAAAGCAAUACAAGAGAUCAUGUAUAUUACCAGUACAUAUGCUAAUGAAGAAGACUAUCUAAAGCAACGGGAAGAUUGGAAAUACGUGGCUAUGGUAAUUGACCGUAUAUUUCUUUGGGUCUUCUGUUGUGUAUGUACUUUUGGAACAAUAGGAAUUUUGAUGCAAGCACCUUUGGCAUCGACUUUCUUUAAGGAGCAAUUCUUCGGUUGA